AACCGGUCUCCCCUCGUUUGAACAUCACACCAGUUGCGCCUCUCUCUCUCUCUCUCUCUCUCUCUCUCUCCAAGGCACUGCCCCCGCGUGAUCCGGUGGACUCCAACACGUUCCGGCCCUUCCAUCAAAUUCAAUUCGAAUUCCUCUGAAAUCGGAUGAACUAGUAAUAGUCUCUUGCACACGUAAUAAAUACUGAAUGCAAAUGCAGUGGAGGUUUUAGUGUUGCCUUCAGAUUCAGUUUCAUUUACUCCCUCGAGACUUCUGAUCAUAGCAAGAGGUUUGACUUUGGUGGUCGAAAAUUAACCGAAUCCACGGUUGGGAUUUGGAUUUCGGGAUUGAAACGGAAGAGAGAAGAAGAGGAGAUGGAAGUAUUCGAGGCUACGAUUUUGCAUCACGUUUGCAUUGUGCUCUCUCUGCUGUGGUUGCUUUCUUGCUUCAAUUGCUCACGCCCGGUUUUCUACUUCGUUUCUUUAAUCUACCUAUAUCUGGUUCAUGAGCGGUACGAGAUGAGAUUAAGGAGGAAACUGCAAUUCGAGGAAAGAAUGCAAUCUAACCAACGACGGGUACUUACUGAUUCCGAAAGUGUGCGGUGGUUGAACCAUUUAGUUGAAAAGAUUUGGCCUGUUUGUAUGGAGCAGAUUGUUUCGCAGAAAAUUCUCCUCCCCAUCAUACCAUGGUUCUUGGACAAGUACAAACCAUGGACUGUGAAAAAAUCAGUGGUUGAACAUCUGUACAUGGGACGAUCACCGCCUAUGUUCACAGAUAUGAGGGUCCUUCGUCAAUCCACCGGUGAUGACCACUUGGUUUUGGAGUUGGGAAUGAAUUUCCGGACUGCAGAUGAUAUGAGUGCAAUACUUGCAGUGAAACUAACGAAGAGAUUGGGUUUUGGGAUGCGGACGAAGUUACAUUUGAAGGGCUUGCAUGUUGAAGGGAAGGUCUUGAUUGGGGUAAAGUUCGUUCGGCACUGGCCUUUCCUUGGCCGUGUGCGGUUAUGCUUUGUCGAGCCACCAUAUUUUCAGAUGACUGUGAAACCUAUUUUCACCCAUGGGCUUGACGUUACAGAACUUCCAGGAAUUGCUGGAUGGUUGGACAAGCUCCUGGCACUUGCAUUUGAGCAGACCCUAGUUGAGCCCAAUAUGUUAGUCGUUGAUGUGGAGAAAUUCGCUUCACCACAGCCAGAAAAUUGGUUCUGUAUCGAUGAGAAGGAGUCAAUUGCCUAUGCCUUGGUGGAAGUCAUUGAAGGAGCUGACAUGAAGCCGUCAGAUUUAAAUGGUUUAGCUGAUCCAUAUGUUAAAGGGCAACUUGGUCCUUAUAGAUUCAGGACUAAGACGCAAUGGAAAACACUGGCUCCAAAAUGGCACGAGGAAUUCAAGGUCCCUAUUUGUACAUGGGAGUCACCUAAUGUGCUAGCUAUUGAAGUUCGUGACAAGGACCAGUUUAUGGAUGAUACCCUUGGAGAUUGUUCUGUAAACAUUAGUGACCUUAGGGGUGGCCAGAGACAUGAGUUGUGGCUGUCUCUUCGGAACAUUAAAAUGGGGCGAUUGCAUCUUGCUGUUACUGUAGUUGAGGGCAAAAAAAAGGUGCCAGAUCUUCCAUGUGAUGAUGCAAUACUCAAUGAUGACAAUAAAAGUAACUCCAUUGCAAAUGAGAGUGCUAAAACAGGCUCUCUUUCAUCUGGAGGUUUAGAGAAGUCUCCCAAUGUGGUAGAUAAGUUUGAACCCAUUGACAUUGAAGGGCAAAAGGAGACUGGGAUAUGGGUCCAUCACCCGGGAAGCGAAGUUUCACAAAUAUGGGAGCCUAGAAAGGGGAGGAGUAGAGUCCUUGAUUCACAAGUUCUCGGGAAUGGUGGAAACUUAAAAUUGCCAUCAGCUUCAGCCUCCUACAAUAACGACAAUAGCAGCACAGAUGGAGGAAGCCAAGAAGGUAAAAAGGGAAUUUUGCGAAAAGACAAGGUUUUGAGGGGUCUAAAGAAGAUUGGUACAGUGUUUAGCAAGAAUUCCAAAAAGGAGGAUAUGUCGUGCAGGAUUGAAGGUCCGAUUCCAUCUCAACAUCCUAAUCUUAAGGCUAUUAAUGAGAGAAAAAGUCACGUGAAACUGAUUGUAGAGGAAGAUAACCUUUCUGCACCAUCGCUAGUUAACGUCCCGAUAUCAGAAGGUAAAGUCGGUCCAGAGGGAUCUUCCCAGGAGAGCCGAAGCAAGGCACAUGUAAAGGAUAUGGCAAAGAACAUUUUAAAGAAUGCUGGGAACUCUGCUCGUGGGGUCAAGCAUGCAUUUGAUCGGAAAGGGCCAAAAAAGUCCCAAGGGGAUUUGGGACUAGUGGUGACAAAUAGAGACAUUUCUGCAGGGUCAGAGUCUUCCGAUGAAGAAUCUCCUGCAUCAUCAGUUUGUACCUCUGAAGGGAAUCCAGUGAUCCCGAAAGCCUUAUCGAGCUGUGGUAAUGAUUCUUUUAAAUCCGAAGAACUUCAUGAUCAAAAUACUCCAUUUGAUUUUCCGAUAAACAAAGAUGGCCUAGACGGUACUGAGAAGAUUUCUUGCGCUUGGCCGGGUAAUGAGAAGAUAGGUGAUGAUUACCGAUCGACCAUGACGGAAGAAAGCAAUGACCUAUUGAACUAGAUUAAAAAGUAGAUUUGUUCAUUGCUUAUACAGUUGAAAUUUAGAUAGUGGUAGUUCAGUUGUACAGUGAAUUUGUAGAAUCAAGAUGAGGGUGAAGAUUAGGAAUACUCAAUCAAGUUACUUGUUGUAUUGUAUGUAGAUGCAGUUAGAAAGGAAUUCCCGUGCCAUACAUAUUGUCUCUAUAGUGAAUUUGCAGACUCAUAGUUUUCAUGUGAGAUUCUUGGUAUGGUUUUUUCAUGUUAAUGUAAACGUAAUCCGAAGAAGCUCAGAGCAGUCGAAAGUUUGUAAUUUUGUUGAGGAAGGACGGUGGUACAUUGAGAACAUUUAUCUGUCUUUUGCUUAUUGUAUAACACCAUUUUUGGGGCUUCAUUUUCAA